AGGGUCGUGCAUUAAAGGUUUCUCCUUCAGCUCCUCCUUCCUUCCUCACCUCGGUCACGCUGUCAUUAAGCGACCCGGCUCCCGAGCCUUGACGGAAAAGCCUAACAAAAUGAAGAUCUGGUCGUCAGAGCACACUUUCAACCACCCAUGGGAGACGGUGACCAAGGCGGCGAUGCAGAAGUAUCCCAACCCCAUGAACCCCGGUGUGUUCGGUGUAGAUGUCCUGGACAGAAGUGUGGACACAGAGGGACGGUUGCACAGCCACCGACUGCUCAGCACAGAGUGGGGCCUCCCCAGCAUGGCCAAGACUAUGUUCGGGGUAACAAGGUCAUGCACUUAUGUUGAGGAACAUUCUGUGGUGGACCCCAAAGAAAAGAGCUUUGAGUUGAAAUCUACAAAUAUCUCCUUCACUAACCUUGUAUCUGUGGAUGAGAAGUUGACAUACAAGCCGCAUCCAGAGGACCCCGAAAAGACAGUGCUGACACAGGAGGCUUUAAUCACUGUGAAAGGUGUCAGUCUGAGCAGCUACCUCGAGGGUCUCAUGGCCAAGACCAUCUCUGUCAACGCCGGCAAGGGUCGGGAAGCCAUGGAGUGGGUCAUCAGGCGAUUAAACACAGAAAUCGAGGAGUUGGCGGCGACUGCUCGUGGUUCUAUACGUGCUCCAAUGGCAGCUGCUGUCACAGACAAAUGAUCGCAGCCCCCGCAGCUUUCCCCCCCGCCAUCAUGAACCGGUGGACCUCUCGGACAGUUACUCUCUCCUAACCUGCCAACACAGCCUGAUAACCACAGCCUCACCCAUUGGCCCUACGUGUGUGUAUGUGUGUGUGUGUGUGUGUGCGGUCUUCCCUCCUCAGCAGUCUGCGUUGGCGAGUUAGAUUCUCGCUGCUUUGGGCAAUGAUGGGGAGAGUUGAGCUGAUGACAGUUAAAAAAAGAAACGGGGUUGAGUUGGACUGCACUUGAAGCUCAUAGGAAUUAUUCUUGUAAUGUUAAAGCUCUUUAAAAAUCACACUGUGCCUCCAUGUCAUCUCAUCAAUUUCUCUUCUGUCUUCCUCCCCUUCUUCUUCUCUCUCUCUCUCUUUUUAUUGUUUCCUUAUCCUUGCUAGCAGGUUGAGUACUUGUAACCGCUGACAUGAAGUCAUUUGUCUAGCUCUUCUGGAUGGCUUAGCUUGCUUUGUACAGCAGAACAGACUAAAAUAUCUCGGUAACAAGAAGCCACCAAAGUAAAACAGUCUAACAAAAAAGUUAAAAGUAACACAGCUUUUUUUGCCCCAUCUGGACGUUGUCACAGAUGUAUUUGAGUCGAUGCAGAGCUGUUGUCGGACAGCCAGAUCUGCAUUUAGGUUACGUGCCCAGUUUAUGGGUGUACUUGCAUGGUGCUGUAUUAUAGGUUUAUUUGUCAAACUGUCAAAGCCGUUUAAAGGAAAUGAGUGUUCAUUUCGAUGCAGAUCUGUUAGAGCUGUCAGCAUGGUGGACUGGUCCUCAGAUGUUCUGCUCUUGUUCUUGCUAAAGGUCUCUACAUUUCUUAAAGUCUCUUCUGCCUUUGUUAGUAUUUUCUCUUACACUGAUGAUGUGUUGUAUAGUUGUGUGUUACAGUAUACAUAUUUGAGUACUUGAAUGUCUAACUUAUUUUCAGCAUGUGUACUUAAAUACACUUAAGAAGCGGCAAGUACUGAGCUGUAAAAAAAAAUGGAGUGUAUGGGCGCUUAUCAAAAUGACCGCAGUGUGUUUAAUGUUUGCGAACGUUCAGAAGGAGGGUUACGUUCAGGAUCACUGAGUGUGCCAACAUAAUAUGUGCAGAUUCCAAUUACUCUACCCAUUUAAUACCCCAAUUCACUUUAACUGUGAACAAACCCACUCUGUAUGCUGCGUCCAUUCAUUUCAUACCAUCUAUAGAUACUGUUAUUUAUAGUAUUAGUGAACAUUGACAAAAGCUGUUGACUUGAUAUUAAAAGCUUGUCGUAUUUGUAUGCACUUCCUCUCUUUACCCCAUAGCAGACUCUCAGGUGCUACAGAGUUCAGUUUCCCUGCUUCCUCUAAAGGCCACACUGAGAUGAAGGCGCCAUAAUAACUUUGUAACUCUGUGCGUUCUUCCCUUUUCUCCUCUAGACAUUUUAACAAGGACAGUUCGACAAAAGCUAAAAUGACAACAAAAGUGAUGUUAUCAUGUCUGUUGAUGGCGCUCUACAUCAAAAGGUCAGUUGAUGUCCCGCUCUCAGUUACUUAAUUAAAUCUCCUUUUAUCCACAGUAGGUCGUGUCUUUAUCACGCCUGCUUCUUUUUCAAAGCUUCUUCAUCACUAACUCCUGUUGAAUCAGCCAGUCCUCCAGAGUGUCAUUACUGAAGUGUGAUGUGUUUCUACGGGGAACAUUUUAGGAACAGUGGCUGUACAUAGGCUUUUAUUUAUAUUUUGGUGGUGUUACAUUCCAAGAAUGUGAACAUGUAACAGAAUCUAAAGAAAUGUUUCAAAAUAAAGAGAUGUCAUUGUUUCAUGAA